UCCAUAAAAUUCCCACCAUCCAAUCUCAGAACCCUUCUACCCAAUUCUGUGUAGAACCCCAAAACAAUAAAUAAUAAACAAUACACACACCUUCUUCAACCUCCUAAAUAAGGGCAUAUAUUCUUCUGGGCUUACAGUCUUCAUGCAUUGGUGUUUGCAAAUUACAAGGUUUGUUCGAUAAUAUGAUUGAACCUGUUGAAGAGAUUCAAUUUGAUUGAGAUCAGAUGAAAUGUAUGAGAUUGAAGGGAAGGAAUUGGGGAUUUUUGUUUGAUAUUUUGUGUUGCCUGCCAACUGUUUGAUGUUUUGUCUGAGAGAAAUGGAGGAUUGGGAAGAGGUGGUUAGAUUGGUUGACUUUUAGGCUGGUCAAAGGGUGUUGUUCAAGAUCCAUUUUUAGGUUAAAAAAGAUUUGGGUUGACCAUCAAAAGUCAAAAUUUGGUGUUGUGGGAAUAAUAUGUUGGAAGGGUGAUAGGCUGAUAGGUAUCUGAUUGUUUGAGAACUCAAAUGGCUGCAAAGUAUUUGCAUUCACUGGCGGAUGAAAAUCCGGAUUUGCAGAAGCAAAUCGGAUGCAUGAAGGGUGUCUUUCAGAUCUUUAACCGCCACCAUAUUGUUUCCAGAAGGCGUGUGUUCAGCCACAGUUUAAAAGGAGGCGAUACGGGCGUUUUGCUUUUAAACAACGGGACACCUCAACGGGAGUCGAGUCUUACGGGCCACAGACACCUAACUGUGGAGAAACAUAGGCUAUCAACCGAAUCAUCUAACGAUUCAAGUGCCCGUCAAAAUCUUGACCUUCGAGAUGUAGUCAAAGACUCGAUGCACAGAGAAGCCCGCGGGUUAUCACAUAACAUUGUAACGGAAAAUGAUUCAAAUAAUUGGUGUCAUGAUGAUCCUAGAGAACUUUCAAGAUCUAAAUCUUGCCAGUUUCGAGACAGAAUUCCACCUGUAUGUAAAGAUUAUCCUCGGUAUUCAUACGACGGGCGGGAAACCAAUUCUAGAACCGCAAAAUUGAAGCAGAUAAGAGAACUACCGAGGCUUUCCUUAGAUAGUAGACAACGAUCAAUACCUGUUAAACCGUCUAACUUAAUAUCUAACCAUUCAAGAAACCCGAAAGGUAACGUCGCGGUUGAUGCUGACAAGGAUCUGAAUCAGACACGUUCAUCCGGUGUAGUAGCGAAGUUGAUGGGAUUGGAGACUUUUCCAUCGUUAUUAUCACGUGAUGACGGUGGGUCGAUUAAUAAAACGACGAACUCCACAAGAAGUUCAUCAAAGGAACCAAUAUCUCCAAGUCGGAAAAUUCCCGACUUGAGGUCGAUAUCUAGAGUUACGAUAGAACCAGCGCCAUGGAAGCAGCGAGAUGGUACUCGUGUUAUUAGAUCAUCAAUGGAUUCAACGCGCAAUCAUGUCUCGUCUGUCUACGGUGACGUGGAUAAACGAGUAAAGAAUCUUGAAUUUGCGGAAUCCGGAAAGGAUCUUCGAGCGCUCAAACAGGUAUUAGAGGCAAUGCAGGCUGUUGAAGCAAGAAAAGAUGUUACAAAUAGCGAGCCGGAUGUUUCAAGGGGUCAUGAAUCCCAUAUUGUCAUCAUGAAACCUGCAAAGCUUGUAAAAAAGGGUAUUGCAAAUAAUAAAACGGGUAAAGAUCUGAUUACCGAGAGUACACAUGGAGAGAGACGAUCUCGGCCGUCCACGCCUGUUACAGAUUCCAGUAAACCGAGAAAACAUCCAAACAAGCAGCGGGCAGAGUCUCGGUCUCCAAAUGGGAGGAAAAAGCCUUCGAAUCUCCAUAAAGUAGAUGAUCGAAACAGAGAAACUCGAAUGUUAUCUGAAUGUUCUGAAGAAAGCAAUAGCAGGCAGAGUUCUAGCUCGACACCAGAGAAAACAGCCUUGCUCGUGAAGACGAGUGAACCGACCACCCCCGAAUAUCCGAGUCCGGUCUCGGUUCUUGAUGAUUCAGUCCGUGCGGAAAGCUCACCUUCACCGGUGAAACGUACUCCAGUUACCAAAAAAGAUGAUGCUACUGAGAAAGUUGUUAAAGAUCAACAUGAAGCAACAAACGUUAUCCAAUCAAGCCCGAUGAUCUCAACGGUCAAAUUUCAGACCAACCAUGAAAAACUGAAGAAAGUUGAGGAUUUAGUUCAAAAACUCAAGAAUCUCAACUCCAGCCACAACGAAUCUCACACAGAUUACAUCGCAUCUCUCUGCGAAAACACGAACCCGAACGAUCGAUACAUCUCAGAAAUCUUAUUAGCUUCCGGGCUCCUCCUUAGAGACCUACAAUCUUUCAACCCGCACCCCUCUGGUCACCCGAUCAACCCGGAGCUGUUUUUAGUCUUGGAACAUACGAAAUAUGGUAAUCUACAACACGAAAAGUUUCACAGGAAGUUAGUCUUUGAUGCGGUUAAUGAAAUUCUUGUGGGGAAGUUAAGUUCGGUUUCUGGGAUGAUCAAGCAGAACCCGAGAAAGCUUUUGAGGGAGUUGUGUUUGGAGAUAGAAGAGCUUCAAGUGCACGAGAAAAGAGACGGGUGUGGGGUCGGGAAUGAUGAUGACGAUUUGAAGAGCGUGUUAUGCGAGGAUGUGUUGAAAAGGUCUGGAAACUGGACGGGUUUUUAUGGUGAAAGUUCGGUUAUCGCAAUGGAGGUUGAGCGGUUGAUCUUGUUAGAUUUGGUUGAUGAAGUUGUUAGAUGCUGCUGAUUGUUUUUUAUUAGAUUUUCUUAAUACCACCUGAUACUAACUAAGAGAAUAUUUGGUGGGUAAUUAUUGGUUCUAAUUUGUUAGUAUAAAAGAAGACUUAUGAACAUUUAUAUGUUUUUCUCUUAACUUAAUACUUUUGCAAUUUCAAGAAUAAAGAAAUUCCUCGGUUUGUGUUG